CGGAGGGUGCGAGCCGCGCAGCGAGCGCAGAGCUGCCUCCGGCCGCCGGGCGCCCCCCUGCCGCCCCAUGCUGUGCUCCAUGGCGAACUCGGGCUGCCUCCUGCUGUCCAACUCCGGCAGCAUGCUCCCGCACUCCGUGCCCUGCCCGCCCGCCUUCCUCUACCUCCAACAGGGCAAUCAGGACGCCACGGCUCCGCCUGAAGCGAUGGCCCAGCCCUACCCCCCCGCCCAGUACCCCCCUCCGCCACAGAACGGCAUCCCUGCCGAGUACGCGCCACCCCCUCCGCACCCCACGCAGGAGUACUCGGGCCAGACCCCGGUCCCCCCGGAGCACGGCAUGACCCUGUACACACCAGCACAGACCCACCCCGAGCAGCCGGGCCCCGAGGCCAGCACGCAGCCCAUCGCUGGGGCCCAGACUGUGCCGACAGACGAGGCGGCACAGACGGACAGCCAGCCGCUCCACUCCUCCGACCACACAGAGAAGCAGCAGCCCAAGCGGCUACACGUCUCCAACAUCCCCUUCCGGUUCAGGGACCCCGACCUGCGGCAAAUGUUCGGGCAAUUCGGAAAAAUUUUAGACGUGGAGAUCAUUUUUAACGAGCGGGGCUCCAAGGGUUUUGGGUUUGUAACUUUUGAAACUAGCUCAGAUGCUGACCGAGCCCGGGAGAAGCUGAAUGGGACGAUCGUAGAGGGACGGAAAAUUGAGGUCAAUAACGCCACAGCCCGCGUCAUGACCAACAAGAAGACUGCGAACCCCUACACUAACGGCUGGAAGCUAAACCCCGUGGUGGGCGCAGUCUAUGGGCCUGAAUUCUAUGCAGUGACGGGGUUUCCCUACCCCACCACGGGCACGGCCGUAGCCUACAGGGGCGCGCACCUACGGGGUCGGGGCCGGGCCGUGUAUAAUACGUUUCGGGCUGCGCCGCCCCCGCCCCCCAUCCCAACUUAUGGAGCGGUCGUGUAUCAGGACGGCUUUUAUGGUGCUGAGAUUUAUGGGGGCUAUGCAGCCUACAGAUACGCUCAGCCUGCAGCAGCAGCCGCGGCCUAUAGCGACAGUUACGGCAGAGUCUAUGCGGCCACCGACCCCUACCACCACACCAUCGGCCCCCCAGCGACCUACAGCAUCGGAACCAUGGCUAGCCUCUGCCGAGGAGGGUACAGCCGCUUCACCCCCUACUAGCAAGAGGGCCCAGCCCCUAGCAGCAUUCACACUGACUGCCCAGUACACACCACACCCAGCAGGCCAAAACCAGGCACAGCCACCGGGAGGACAGUGCGCCCCCCCCAGUCAGCGGCACGCGACGCUAAAGUCCAUAGGUCUUUCCUCCAGCCAGCUGGUGUCCCUGCCCCUCACCAUGGCGUGUGUGUCUUUGACCCUGGUUACCCCUGUGUGUCUGAAACCUUGCUUCCUAUUUUGACUUUGUUGACGUUGUGACCCCCAAGCCAUUUCAGGUACGGUAUGCACACAGUGGGAGGGGCUAGGCUGGGCACGAGACCCCCUCCCCCUCCCCGAGAGCCGGCAGUAGAGCCCGCCAGGGCGACACCCACUCCCCAUCAUCCCCCGGGGUCUGUGGAGCCACAGGAGACACCCCCCGCCAGCGGCCAGUGGGGGGCCACCACAUCCACUGCCCCUCCCCUGGGGUUCAGGGAGGGACGCGGGGGACGGUGCCCCCUUCCCACCUUCACCUAGUCACAGGAGUAGCCCUCUCUGCCCUCCUCACCCCCGUCCGGCUGAAACUAACAUUUCUGAUUGAAGUUUAUUGACGUUUCCUGCCGAAGCAGUCACAAGCACACGGUGCAAGGCGGAAACUGCCGUGGCCACACCAGCCUCGGGGCUGCUGAGCCUCUGUUGUAAGAAAGGAAAACCUAGGAAGAAAUUCCCCUGCAUCCCGCCACCCCACACACACGCACGCACAAAGCCAUCCGCCCUGCAGGGCCCAAGGGGUCGCCCUCAGCCCACCCGCAGUGACUUCUGGCUGCAGGCUCUCCCAGCCCCCACGCUGCUCCGCCAGGCCCCGGGGAUGGCACCUUGGCCCCACCGGACUUGGGGUCCCGGCCAGCCCGGCACCUGUGUUGGUAUUCGGGCUACGGCACCCUUCCCCUCCCCCGGGCUUGGAGACAUCUUUUUGCCAGGGUCCAUUUCAGGAGGGGGGAGCAGGUCGGGAGCAGGGGGAGCCCCAUCGCGGGCCUUCCUGGCGGAACAGCACUCGGCGCCAGCCUCCCCUCUAGAAAGGUCCCAGGACCGUGCGGGGUCCGGGGAGGAGAGCCUGGCUGGGGCCGCCGGUAAUCCUGAGACAGCCCCAGUAGCUUCUGGAGGAGGCUGCGCGGUCAGGACCUGCCUCCGUUACAGGAGAAAGUGUCUCGGGCCGGGGAAUCCCAGGUGCCCUGACGCGCCACAGUUGGGCUUCCGGGCGCGGCCAGCCAGCGGGUGUGGGUUCCCCGCCAGCCAGGGCACACCGGGUCCCGGCUGGUGGAGUGGCCGGAUCGUGUCCUGGGUGCCGGGCCCUCUCUUCCCCCUGCCCAGAGCCCCUCCUUCUCAGCCGCCUGGGUCCGGGCCCCUCGUGGCCUGUGCUGUGCCGUCCACCCACCACGCCCUCUGUCUUCAGCCGGCCAGAGCCAGCCGGGCCCCCCCUGCCCAGCUCAGCCCUAGCAGAGCCCGCAGGCUGCGCGUGCCAGCCAGCUUCACUGUGCUCUCUGCUCCUGCCGCCCCCCCGCUUCUUCCCACUGCCAGCCCAUACUCUCUGCCCUGGAGAACGAGGUCUGCUUUAAAGUCAGCUCACGGAGGAUGAUGGGUUCCCGGAAGCUGGGGGGAGCGGGGAGGGGGGGGGGGGACAGGCUGCAGCAGGGGGGAGGCGCUAGGACCUUGGGGCCCGGGGCCCGGCCCCCGUCCGCCCGCCCUGCGCCCUGUGCGGGCCGCUGGGGCUGGUCCCGUCCUCACCGCACGCCUGGCAGUUGCUUCUGUGAAACUGCAAGUCCUUUCUGUUUCUGUUGUAGUGAAAGCUUCCACCGUUUCCUUCUUGGACCAUGAAGGGCAAAAACAAAAAACAAAAACAAAACAAAACAAAAAAAAAAAAACAAAAAAAAUCACAAAACAAAAAACAAAACAAAAAAAGAUGUUAAGAUCCAAGCAGCAACAAAACCAACCAAACCAAGAAGCAUCCACCACGUCCGAGUUGCGCGUGGCAGCGCACAUCGCAGCGAGGGAGCACGUCCGGCGGGCACCGCGCCCAGGAGAGCGCCCGGGCCCCCGCCCCUCCCCGGCCACGGCGCUGGCGGGAUGGGGAGAGCAGGAGGGGAAGGGGCCUCGUUUUCUACCAAGUCUUCCUUUCCGGCCCCCCACUCCCAGGGCACGUGGGGCCCAGCGGAGGAACGGGCCACAGGCCUGCGCAGGGGAGAGCAGCCAGCGGGACCUGACCUUGUUGCCGACCGUGCCGGUGGAGGGGACGGCUGGGCUGGGCGCGGGGGGCGGCCACUCAUUCCCGGGGUCUCUGGCUCCAGCCCGUGCCCGUCACCCUCACGUCCAGCUGUCUAGGCCCCAGCUCACCCACUCUGCCAUGCCGCCAGUGCCCACAUCCCAGCGAAGGCGUUUGCAGGCCACCAGAGCCGGUCCGACCAGCAGCCCUGGGGCCCGACCCCAACACCAAGGAAGGGCUGACAUGGUUCCAGAACUGUGGGGCGCCCAGGCCCCCCCAGUCCAGUGAGGGGGCUCCCGGGCAGCCUGAACAGGAUCAUUCCCCUUACCUAAGAGCAUCGGGAGGGUAAGGGCCUCGGGGCUGAGGACACGCUCUGGCUCUGGCCGGUUCCUGUUCCCUUUCUGGAGGCGGCCCUGGGCCUGGUCUGUGGGAGGGAAGGCAGGCCUCAUGCCGCCUGCUGGACCGGGCCCUCCUCACCGCUGCCCUGCAGGGGAGCAGAGGGUGGGCGGGCCAGUGCAGCACGGUGAGGUCCGGAGUCAGGGUGCCACGGGGCUGGACGGCCAGGCCAGAGCAGGGAGAGCGAGGGGUGGGGAAAGGCCCAGAGGGGUGCCCAGGUCCAGUCCCAGGGUGGCUGGAGAGCAGACCGUAGGCAGCAGGGAGGAGGCCCUGGCCAGGCAGGGAUAGCUGGAGUAGGGAACAGCAAAAAAUAACAAACAUAGGCUCCCAACAUGGCUCCACUGUCUCAUGAAACGUAAAAAUUAAAAAAAAAAAAAAAAAAAAAA